GGAAAAGCGCACCGACCGACCCUAACGCCCCCGCUGACAUCACGGCGCAACUAUGAGCUCAUCAAGGGGCGGACGACCAGCGAGACGAACGUGCGCGGUGCGCACAUGCGCACGAGUGAGCUCAUCACGUCCAGGUCGUGAGCGCGCGCGGACACGCAGUUGUGUCGCGCCGGAGGCGUCACGUGGGAGUACCUGAGAGGAGAACACCCGGGCUCGGCCGUCGGGAGAGCACCGCCACCCUUUCCAAAAAUGCCCCGGAAGUGCCUUCGCCCUCAGUAAAGAUGGCCGUAGCACUUGGCAGGAGGGAGGCGGGGCUGCGCCUGCGCAACAAGUUCGGCGGGGAAGAUGGCGGAUGACAAGGAUUCUCUGCCCAAGCUUAAGGACCUGGCAUUUCUCAAGAACCAGCUGGAACGCCUACAGCAGCGUGUGGAAGAGGAAGUCAGCAGUGGUGUGAGCCAGGAUGGCUCGCUCAUGUCCUCCCCAUUCCUCAAGGGCUUCUUAGCCGGCUAUGUGGUGGCCAAACUGAGGGCAUCAGCAGUAUUGGGCUUUGCUGUGGGUACCUGCACUGGCAUCUACGCAGCUCAGGCAUAUGCCGUGCCCAAUGUGGAGAAGACAUUGAGAGACUAUCUUCGGUCAUUGCGAAAGGGGCCUGACUAGCUCUGGAUCCCAUGGGGAAGGAAGGAUGAGCACCUCGGGCCUGCAGGUAGAGGCCUUUCAACCACAGACACCAUAUUUGGCUUCCCCACCUAUCACCCUUUUGCUAUCUGCAACUUGCCCACAGUCUUCAUCCUUGCUUUCCUUCCUGCAGAGGGUAAACUGGCUUAUCAGCCAGCAGUUGGGACGCCCCUCCUUAACCCCAUGGGACUGGCCCUGAGACUGGCUUCUAGGGCCACCAGCCCCUUCCUCUUCCAGCCCUGACUGUGGGGUUUGCAGCUGACUCUGAUUCUCAGUAUUCUCUCAGCGAUGUACCACGGCUCCUCCCUCCUGCGAGCUGGCUCCAUACUGAUUUUCCCCAAACUUGUUACAAUUCCCACUGCCUCCUUGCUAGCUACACAGACUACCCG